AUGGACAUUAUCCAAACUAGAAAUGUUUAUACUGGUCCUUGGAUGCUUAUGGGAGAUUUUAAUUGUGUUUGGAAUAAUGAGGAGAAGAGGAAUGGUGUACUUGUGUCGAUGUAUGAUAUGAAAGAUAUAAGUGAAUGUUUUGAUAUUGCAGGACUGACUGACCUAAAAUCCUCAAGAUGUUUUCUCACUUGGUCUAAUGGGAGAGUAUGGUGCAAACUUGACAGAGUUAUGGUGAACCAGGGAUGGUUUAUGAAUGACUGGAAUGCACAGGUCAAUUUCCAGUUUCCUAGGAGUAUGUCUGAUCACUCAAUGUCUCUGGUUUCCUUGUUUGCAGAACAGGAAUUGGGGAGACUUCCAUUCAAGUUCUUCAAUAUGUGGACAAUUCACCCUGAGUUCCAGGAGAGAGUUAAAGAUGUCUGGCAGGGAAGCUUUGAUGGUUGCAUGCAAUACUGUUUUGUUAAGCAGCAAGCUUUAAAAAAAUCAUUAAGGUCUCUGAAUGCCUUACAUUACUCUCACAUUUCAGCUCGUGCUGAGAGGGCAGAUGCUGAAUUAAUGGAGAUCCAGAGUAAGUUACAUGAUGACCCCUCUUGUGUAGAGUUACAAGAGGAAUUGAGGAAAAAGAAAUGUGAAGCCAUUAGAUUGGAGAGUGCUAACAGAAUGUUUUUAUCCCAAUUGGCAAAGUGUAAAUAUAUGAGACACAAUGACAGGAACUCUUCUUUUUUCCAUGUUGUACUAAGGAGGAACAGAUGCAAAAAUCAUAUUGCAGCUGUAAUGAAACAAAAUGGGGAACUUACAAAGUCAUAUGAUCAAGUGGCUGCUGAAUUUGUGAAUUACUACUCUCAAUUAAUUGGCACUGAGUGUUGCUCCAAGAUAAAUGUUCGGGUGGUAAAAAGGGGUCCUGUCUUGAAUGACUUGAGAAGGAACGAAAUGAUACAACUUAUUUUAGAUGAGGAUAUCAGAAUGGCUUUGUUCAGCAUAAGGGACGAUAAAGCACCAGGGCCUGAUGGUUCUCUGCAGGUUUUUAUAAAAAGGCGUAGAACACUAUUGGUUAUGAAUUCAGUCAAGUUGUGA